AACCAAAAAUACUAAAAAAUUUAUUUGCUUCAACUAACUUAAACAAAAUUGUUAUUUAAAAAAAAAUUAUCAGAGUUUAGAUAGAUUAAAUAAUGCGUUCAUCCCCCUAAAAUGCUGUGGGAGAACAAUGGCUGAACUGGAGUCGAUUUGGUUUUCCUCUGUUAUUCAAAAUGGCUGAUUCGUUAUGAUGAACACUUCGAGCGAAAUUAAAGCUGUAAAGAUUAAUUUAUAAAUUUUAUUUUGGUAAAAACUAAGAAGUAUUUAUUCCCUUGAGAAGAGAAUUAUUAUAAAAUUUUGUUUGAUUUAUUGGUUACAAGAUGACUCGGUUACAAAGUCGUACUGCUUCGUGUGAAUGUGGAAAAACAACGCGAGAAAAGGAAUCUUUUGUUCAAAACACAAAGUUUUAUGAGACACGAUCGAGCGGUCGAUUAAGUGCAGGGAAUCUUUUUAGACGUCGAAGAACUUCAUCAGAUCAUGCACACCUAGGAAAAAAAAUAUACAUUAAAAAAGUUAAUAAUUCUAUAAUUAAAAUGCAUACAAAAAAUAAAAGAUGUAACAGCGAGUCGAAAUUAAAAACAAGAAAAGUUUCUCAAAGCUGCGCUAAAGAAGUAACUUCGAACGGCACCGCCCGUUCCAUCAUAGAUAGUGCUUUAGAUAUUUUAAAUGGAAAGUUAGGAAUGGAUAUUAUCGAUUCUAACUGCAUUCGAUCGAAUGAUAAAUUAGAAGGAUUUACCGUUUCGAAUACGUUUGUACCCAAUGGAAUGGUAUCAGAUCUUGACGAUGGCAAACUUUGUAAUUUUCAAAAUGGCGGUGUUAAUUUAACUAAAUACGAUGUGGAAACAGAUGACAAGUUUGUAAAGAACUUAAAAAGCAAUAUUUUGAUAAAAGAAGAAGUAGUUUAUGGCAGUAUUACAAAUAAUUUAGGUAGUGCUGGGGAGGAAAUUGUACUUGAUAAAAAUAUUAAUACUUGUCAAGGGAUUUCUGAUUCAUUUAAGGAAGGCAAAGGUGAAGAAGACUCAACAUUGGAGGAUUUAAAAAGUGAAGAUUUAAACUGUACAUAUGAAAGUAAAUUUGAUGAAUCUAAUAGUGAUAAUAAAGUUGGACAUCAUCACAAGAAAAGGAAAAGAACAAGUCAAUUUCAAAAACUUAUAGAAUCUUGUAGUGAGUUUAAUCUUUGCGCUUCUUCUAGGAAGCGUUGUAGAAAACGCCCAGAAUCAUUUUCUCCUGAGCUGAAACGCAAAAUCAAAAGGGAAAAUCUGGCACCUGUAAAAAGUAAUUUAACAUUGUCUGGUAAGGUAAAGAAAAAGUGUGGAAGAAAACCUAGGCCUAAAGGACCUAUAUUGCACUACUUAGAUGUUUAUGUUCAAAGUAAGGAAAGGCCACUGUUGCAAACAUGUGCUGUGAAUAAUACAUCAGAAGAAGAACUUGCUGAUAAAUGUGACAUAACCGGCACUAAAAACUGUGUAGAAUUACCCAAGAUUGAAGAAAAUGUGACCGAUGGUGGUGCAACAGUAAAGGAGUUACCAAUACUUUUGCCUCCAAGUGAUAGUAUUUCUAAAAUUGAAUUAUGUAAAAGUCCCACAAAAGAAGUCCAGCUAAAAAAAAUUAAAAAAAGGAAGAAAAAAACAGUUACUUCUAAGAAAGCUAUUGGUAAACAGUUUGAUAAAACCAUUCAGACUAUAUUGGGUUACAGAUGCCUUAAUGGUGUUAAUGAAUUUCUUGUGUUAUUUAAGAACGGUACUAGUAAUUGGAUAAAUGAAAACAUGGAUGAUUCAGCUUUGUUUAAAAAUAUACAGUUGUUCUUUGAGCAUUCAGAUCAAGAGCAAUCCAUUAUAAAUCGGUUAGGUUUUACUUUAUCACAAAGUAUUAAGAAAAGAACAGUGAUGUCUGACUGCAAUUCUUCUAUUACUUCUGACACUGAUGUAGAAUCUGAGGAUUGUGAUGAUGAUGUUUUUUUCAAAACUUCUUUUUCCAAACAGCUAAAUCAUGAAACCGAACAUUGCUUAAAACAAAAUAGUGUUGAUGUUUUAUCUCCAGUUAAGUCAACAAACACAUUUCUUUGUCCAAGCAUUGAGCAAAUAUCAUGCAAUUCUGACUUGCUUCUAACAUCUGAUUUAAACGAGCUUUGUCAAUGUGUUAUGUCUUCAAAGCACUUAAAACUAUAUCCUUACGAAACAACAAAGGAAAUUGUCUCAAAAAAAGAUGGCGGAUUUGUUCAUGUUUACUUGAAACGUCUUAACAAAAAAAUGUUUGAUACAACAAGUAAGAAAACAGAUGAUCAUUUUAACACAAAGACAUGUGAGAAGUUAAUUACUAUUCUAGAAGACAGUGCUGUUGAUGAUAAUUGUGAUGUUGUUAUUAUCGCUGGUUUAGAAGAUUUUUUUGCGUUAAAUAGUAUUUUUGAUAAAUUAUUAAAGAACUCCUCGUCCAUCGAAGUAAAAAAAUAUGAACAAGAUAUCAGCCUACUAAGGUACUUAGUUCAGACAAUUCGUAAUUUUAAUAAACCCAUUGUCGCAGUCAUUAAGAAGACGGCCAUUGGUUUGCCAGCUUCACUGUUGUCCUUAUUUGAUAUGGUCUUUGACGAGAGAAGUACUGAAGCAGUAACCGGAACACCGACAAGGGGUAAAAAAAAGAAGAAAGGGUUAAAGACAACGUCGAUCAAGUGCGCUGUAAAUAGCACGGAUGAUAGCACAACGGACGACCAAGGCGCAUCGGAGAGCUAUCAAAAUUUUGUUUUCCCGCGACUUAUGGGACUGACAGAAAGCAACGAAGCUCGCAUCAUGGGAGAACGUUGUCGUCCGGUCGUGAGCUCGAUAGAUCAAAUUUUAAUGGACAGUUCUUAUAACAACCGCGUGUUGUCGCAGCGGUUAAAGAAUAGCGUACGUCACAUGAAGAACAACAGUAGAAUCGAAUUGAAAUAUCGUGGACGUAGCCAGUCUUUAAGCAACGAAGAUGAAGGCAGCUCUAUCCCGUGCCAGAAUACUUUUAGUCACGCCAAUUCGAAUGAAGCAAGUGUUAUUUCAAAAUCGGAAGUAGAGACACUGGAGGAAAAAGUGCGUAUAGAGAAAGAACUGACUAGGCAAUGCAUGGCCGAUUUAGCUUCAUAUCUAAAAUCGAUCGAAUCGAACACCUUUGUUUAGCCGAAUUAAAUUUUGCGAUUAUUUUUUCAAAAUGAAAAUAGCUGCGCGAUGACAAAACUUGUGAAGUUUCCGUUAUUUUUAGCAACCUGUGUUCGCAAAUUGUGUUCGCAUAAUUAAUUGUUCCAAAUUUUAGAUUUGAUCAUUAUUCUGUUUAUAAUUGUUUAUACAAGUCAUUUUUUUUUACAUUUUAUAUAUUUUUUUAUUUAUUGAAUGUUUGAAGUAGCGUGGUCGCUUUUAGUUGGUUAGGAAUUGAUGCUUUUUAUGCUUUCUUGUCUAGCUUGUCAUGUUAAUAUUCUGCAGUUCUGGUUGUAAACAGAGCUCUUAGGAACUGUUUUUUAACGAUUAACUUAUGAAAAUAUUAGGUAAGAUAGUGAUCAAAGAAAAGAUUGUACAUAUUCGUUUUA